CGCAUUACACACAGACUUGGAGGCUUCCGCUGAAGAGAAGAAGCUUGGAGGUAAUGGCUGUCGUAAAAGCUAGUUAUUUUCGGAGAUUUCUGGAGACUUUGAAGUAAAGCCUAGGUUAAUAUCAGAGAUGCACAUGACCUUGAGAAUCUGCAUGUGAUACCAGUUGAGCCUCAGAAAGGCAGUGCGACCACAGAAGCGUCGAGCAGGGAGAAAGUUCUGCUGGACAAGCAGUUGGAGUGAGUGAGAAUCAAAACAACUGGAACACAGGGCCAGACACUCCACAGUCCACGUGACACUGGGGAAAGGCCCCCUGCUUUCCCCAUCACAGGGAGAGGGCGGAGCAUUCUCUGAGAAGCUUGGAUGUGAGCUGUGCCUGGCCGGUCUUGGGGGAGGGGCUGCAUUUCACGAGGCUGCAGCUGACAAGAAGCUUCAAGCUUAAGUUAAUAUCAGAGAUGCACAUGACCUUGAGAAUCUGCAUGUGAUGCCAGUUGAGCCUCAGAAAGGCAGUGCGACCACAGAAGCGUUGAGCAGGGAGAAGGCUCUGCUGGACAAGCAGUUGGAGUGAGAAUCAAAACAACUGGAACACAGGGCCAGACACUCCAUGAUCUGUGUAACAUUGGGGAGAGGCCUUCUGUCUUUCCCAUCACAGAGAGGGGGCGGAGCAUUCUCUGAGAAGCUUGGAUGUGAGCUGUGCCUGGCUGGUCUUGGGGGAGGGGCUGCAUUUCACCAGGCUGCAGCUGACAAGAAGCUUCAAGCCUGUCUCCUUUUGGAGUGAGAAUCAAGACAACUGGAUCACAGGGCCAGACCUUCCACGAUACACGUGACAUUGGUAUCUUCCAUAUUGUCCCAUUCAAACAACGUGUUCAAGCAUCCUUGGGAAUUUCAGCUGGAGGCGAACAGGCCACACAAGGUGUAAACCUUUGUAGUUUUAAGACAAAAGAGGCUUUGGUAAGAGUAUUGUUUUUGGUAGGAACUGCCUUAGCAGUGACAAGAAUAGCCAGACACCUCAAUCUCUGAUAAUAACUUCUUGGUCUACAAAUCUAAAUCAUAAUGGAUACCGAGUAUGUCCUGUGCAAUUGGAAAGACCAGUUAUGGCCAGCAAAAGUUUUGUCCAGAUCUGAGACUUCAUCAAACAGUAAGAGAAAAAAGACAUUUUCCCUAGAAGUUCAAAUACUCUCACUAGAUGAUAAAAUUCAAGUGGAAAGCACAGAAACAAAGAUCCUAAACAAAUCUCAGAUUGAAGCCAUUGCCUCCUCACUAUCAGCACAGUCAGAGGUCGGUACUCCACCUAAAGAGGAAACAGCCUAUGGAAGGUCACUAAAAGUGGCACUGGAUAUUCUGAGUGAGAGAGCAAAUUUGAGUCAAGCAAGCAGUUCAGAUGAAGAAGAGACCACUACACUGUCUCAAAAUGUACCACAAAAUCUUUCUGAUUCACCACCUCCUAAAAAGUAUCGAAAACACGAAGAAGACUUAUUGAAGUGUCUUGAGGAAAGUGAAAAUCCAACAUCCCUGUUAGUAUCUUCAGAGAAUAAUGAUUCCUUGUAUGAUGAUAAAUCACAGGUACAUGCAACCACUGAUAGUAUUCCGAGUGAAAUGGAGACAAAGUCAUCACAAAACUCCAGCUGGCACCAAACUUUUCCUUCACUUUCAAAAGAUGAUGAUGAUGAAAAGGAGAACAAGAAAAAGAUUCACAUCUCAACAGUUAUGUCUUCUCAUUCCACAAUCAAAGAGGAGGGUGCAUGUGUUAAAGAUGAAAAGUUUGCUCCAACUUUGCCAUCAGAUAUCUUGACUGUGCCCAAAGCUUUGAAAGAGGACGCACGGGACAUCUGCCCAGAGACUCUAGCUAUUUCCUCUGAAUGCCCUACCAUCUCAGAGAAUAUUGAAGAUCCUGGAGAGGGUCCAUCGAAUCCAUGCUCAGAUACCAGCCAGAAUCAACCUAUUGUGGAAUCAGAGAUGGGUGCUGCGGCAUCCCCCGGGCAUUGUUCGUGGGAAUGUCAGGUUUCACUUAGUGCCUCUAAUCGUGUCCUGGAUUACUCACUCCUUCUUGUGAAUAAUGAAAGAAAUCUUCAGAGACUGGAUUUUGAGGAACGUGGGGAAGAAGUUCAAGCUUCUGACAAGUCAGUGCAUCUAAAUCCUAUUGACGCUUCUGUAUUAGAUGAUAGUGAGGAAGAUGAAGAACUUCCACGCUUUGUUUUUCAUUAUGAGCCACGUUCAUUUGAAACAGGAAUGAUAGUCUGGUUUAAAUAUCAAAAAUAUCCCUUCUGGCCAGCAGUGGUAAAAAGCAUCAGGCGAAAAGAGAAAAAAGCAAGUGUGCUUUUUGUUGAGGCAAACAUGAAUCCUGAAAAGAGAGGUAUUAGAGUGCCUUUUAGAAGAUUAAAGAAAUUUGAUUGUAAAGAGAAACAAGCACUAGUGGAUAAAGCCAGAGAGGAUUACAGCGAAAGUAUUGACUGGUGCAUCUCGCUGAUUUGUGACUACAGAGUUAGAAUAGGUUGUGGUUCUUUUGCAGGCUCUUUCCUUGAGUAUUAUGCUGCUGACAUUAGUUACCCAAUUAGGAAAGCAAUCAAACAGGAUACCUUCAGGAACUUAUUUCCAAAGCUGCAUAAUGAAGAUUCUGUGGAACCGAUGGUUGUGACUUCCCAGACCAAGAAAAUGUCCUUCCAGAAAAUUCUCCCUGACCGAAUGAAGGCUGCUCGGGACCGAGCCAACAAGAACCUAGUGGACUUCAUUGUGAAUGCAAGGGGAACAGAGAACCAUCUUCUAGCCAUUUUAAAAGGCACUAAAGGCUCCAGGUGGCUGAAAGCAUUUUUGAAUGCAAAUAGGUUCACGCCCUGUAUUGAAACAUACUUUGAGGAUGAAGAUCAGUUGGAUGAGGUGGUGAAAUAUUUACAAGAAAUCUACAAACAAAUAGAUGAAAGAAUGCUGACUCUGAUAAGAGAUGAUAAAAUAAAAUUUAUCCUAGAAGUUCUUCUGCCAGAAGCAAUCAUUUGUUCAAUUUCUGCUGUUGAUGGAUUAGAUUACAAGGCAGCCGAAGCGAAGUAUCUAAAAGGGCCAUCUCUAGGAUACAGGGAAAGAGAAUUAUUCGAUGCAAAAAUCAUAUUCGAAAAGAGACGGAAACCAUUAACAAAUGAAGCUCGUUAAAUCUCCUGAGAGUCCAAACCAUAACAGGAAGCUUUCAUAGAUAUUACUUUUGAAAGAUCUCUGAGCAUUUCUCUCUAACGCAUAAAUAUUUUCCAGAAAUGGGAG